AUGGCUCCUUUUGAGGCAUUGUAUGGGAGAAGAUGUAGGUCAUCGAUAGGGCGGUAUGAAGUGGGUGAGACGUGGUUGUUUAGGCCUAAUUUUACUCAUCAGGCAAUGGGAAAAGUGAAAAUCAUUAGAAAACGACUUAAAACAGCCCAGAGUCGACAGAAAUCCUAUGCCGAUGUUAGAAUAAGGGAGAUAGAAUUUGAGAAGUGUAUUAGAGAUCAUUAUUUAGUGUUGCCUGUAGAGGAGGUCAAUGUGAAAGACUCUUUGAUUUAUGAGGAGGAACUUAUUGCUACUCUGGAGCGUCAGGUCUGGAAGUUGAGGAGUAAGGAGAUAGUCUCGGUGAAGGUGUUGUCGAAGAAUCAGAAAGUUUAA